CAUAACCCUCCACUGCUCUUACCCAACAACUCUCUCUCUCUCUCUCUCUCUCUCUCUCUCUCUCUAGAAACACUAUAGUUAGAAUCAAUCAUGUUAUUAUCCAUGAUCCUGUACGUCUCUACUGUGCUUUUGCUCAUCUCUUUCUUCCAUCUCCUUCAUUAUUGCCACUUCGCUAGAAGAAGAAAAUACUCUGCUGCCACUUAUGGCCCUCCUUCCUACCCACUCAUAGGCUGCCUCAUCUCCUUCUACCGCAACCGCCGCCGCCUCCUCGACUGGUACGCCGACCUCCUCUCCGAGUCCCCAACCGGGACCAUCUCGAUUCGGCGGUUCGGGGCGCGGCGCACCAUCGUCACUGCGAACCCUGCCAACGUCGAGCACAUCCUCCGCACCAACUUCCACAACUUCCCCAAGGGCAAGCCCUUCACCGACAUCCUCGGUGACCUCCUCGGCUGUGGCAUCUUCAACGUCGACGGCGACCUCUGGACCACCCAGCGCAAGUUAGCCAGCCACGAGUUCACCACCCGGUCGCUGCGCGAGUUCGUCAUGAAAACCCUAGAAGAGGAGGUGCAAACGCGCCUCUUCCCGCUGCUUCAAUCCGCCGCGCGCGGCGGGGAAAUCGUAGACUUGCAAGAGGUUUUGAGGAGGUUUGCGUUUGAUAUUGUGUGUAAGGUCUCGCUUGGAACGGACCCUUGUUCGUUAAACCUCUCUCUUCCUCUUCCCCCAAUUGUAAUUGCGUUUGACGCCGCCGCCGCAAUAUCUGCGAUGCGGGCGGCGGAGCCGAUUUUCGUGGUGUGGAAGAUAAAACGCGCGUUUAACCUGGGGUCUGAGCGGAAGCUGAAGGAAGCAGUGCGGCUGAUUCACGACUCCGUUCUCGAAAUCAUUAGAGGCAAGAAGAUGAAGCUAGCGAAGUGCGGCGGAAAUGACGGCGGCGAUCUCCUGUCGCGGCUUUUGGCGGCGGGGCACGGCGAGGAGGUGGUGAGGGACAUGGUGAUAAGCUUCAUAAUGGCAGGCCGGGACACAACGUCGGCGGCGAUGACAUGGCUCUUUUGGCUUCUCUCGGAGCAUCCCGAGGCCGAGAAGACGCUGGUCGACGAGGUGGUGGAUCUUACCACAGCCGCCGCAGGCGGCGAAAUGCCGUUAGGGUUUGAAGCACUAAAGGAGAUGAAAUUCACGAAGGCGUGCUUGUGCGAGUCAAUGCGGCUGUACCCGCCGGUGGUCUGGGACUCGAAGCACGCCGUCGUCGGUGAUGUGUUGCCGGACGGAACGCCUGUGGGGAGGGGGGACAGGGUGACAUACUUCCCGUACGGAAUGGGGAGAAUGGAGGAGUUGUGGGGGGAGGACCGAUUGGAGUUCAGACCAGACCGGUGGUUCGAGGGGGAAGAUGCCGAACGGGCAGGGGAAUUGAAGAGUGUGAGCCCGUACAAGUUUCCGGUUUUCCAGGCGGGUCCGAGGGUCUGUUUGGGAAAGGAGAUGGCGUUCAUUCAGAUGAAGUACGUGGUGGCUUCGAUCCUGAGGAGGUUUGAGCUCCGACCGGUCGUGUCAGAUCGACCGGUUUUUGUCCCUCUUUUGACGGCUCACAUGGCGGGUGGGUUGAAAGUGGCGGUCCGGGAAAGGGAAAGAACAAUUUGAUCUUUCAGCACUGCACAGCUAGACUAAUCAAAGUAAUAAACCGGGGAAGAAAAUUAAAAUAUAUAAAUAAUCUUGGUACGAAUGAAACAAAUUUUCUUGCCCCAAAAAAAAAAAAAAAAAAAAAAAGAAACAAGAAAUUAACUUUGUGUGCAAAUGGUCUUGUAAGACUGCAUGUACCAACCAUCGAGAUGAUGGACCGAGACAAGUGACAACUAUACAUUGUGCUUUUUGAAUA